AGUCCGCACAUCCUCUGACGCUCAGGUGGAGACGAGCGAUUUAGGACAGUCAAGCCACGAUGAAGCUGCGUAUGCUGAGGCUGAGGAGUGCUUUGGUCCGAGAAUGUUUGGCUGAGUUCCUGGGAACGUUUGUCUUGCUGCUAUUUGGUUGCUCUGCAGCAGCGCAGGUGAAAACCAGCCGAGACACCAAGGGCCAGUAUCUGUCGAUCAACAUGUCCUUCUCUGUGGGGGUGAUGUCAGCAAUGUACCUGACCAAGGGGAUCUCAGGAGCCCAUCUGAACCCUGCAGUGACUCUUAGUUUCUGUGUCUUGAGGAAGGUGAAGUGGGGAAGGCUGGUACCGUACUGCCUCUCCCAAGUUCUCGGGGCAUAUGUGGCAUCAGCGCUGGCCUACGUGGUUUACUACGAUGCUAUUAUGGAGUUUGGUGGAGGCGUGUUGACUGUUUAUGGCCCAAAUGAAACAGCAUCUAUAUUUGCAACGUAUCCGUCCCAGUACCUCACGUUAGGGAGGAGUUUCCUUGAUCAAGUAGUGGGGACUGGGACACUGAUGUUAUGCAUCUUGUCGUUGGACGAAAAGAGGAACACCCCCGCUCCUUCUGAUCUGAUUCCUCCAAUAGUUGCAACAAUUGUCCUCGGGAUCUCCAUGUCCAUGUCAGCUAACUGCGGAGCUGCGAUAAAUCCCGCUCGUGACCUGGGGCCACGCCUUUUCACUCUGACUGCAGGCUGGGGGACCGAAGUCUUUACGUGUUACAAUUACUGGUUCUGGGUCCCACUAGUGGCUCCACUUAUUGGAGGCCCUUUAGGUUCUUGCCUUUACUUGGUCUUCAUCGAAUGGCAGCUGCCCACUCCAGAACCUCCUCAGGACAAGAGGACAACAGUCUCCACCAUCAGUAACAGCAUCAAAGAGCCUGCCACCAGAUGGGGAACAGGAGACAAGUUAAAGUCAACAUAUUUUUAGUCACUGAUCAGUAACAAAAGUGUAUAAGCCUUUUUGAUCAAUACACAUGGCAUAAAGUGGUAAAUCUGACUGGUUGGUUGGAAAUUGAGGAUGUUCAGGUAUUUAUAUAUGCUUCUGUUAACAGAGUUAUGAUUAUUUCUUUUCAUGACUAUACGUUUGCAGAAACAUUUUAGCAGAAUCAUGUGUGUUACAUUAAACCUCUGUGUAUUUUAAUUUUUCAAAAACCAUGUGCCCACGUUGCCUCCCUGAUAUAACCGGUGAAAUGGUUUCCUAGAAUGAGUCGCGAUAUGAUUGAAGGUUACCUGUCCAGGGUGUAUCCUGCCUCUCAACAAAGAAUUGGGGAGGCAGGGCAGGAUUUGGAGAAAAAUGACCAUCUUAUGUUAGAAAAAAUGUUGUGAUUUUUUUCUUACUUCUCUUGUAGUUUUCAGACAGAUUUAUGCAUUUCUUUUAUAAUGGAACUUAUAAAUCUAUAGCCAUAAUAACUUUCUCAGGAAUGAGGCUGUUUGUACAUUUAACCAUUGCAAACAUACAAUUAGUCCACUGAAUAAAACACAACAUUCACCUUGAAGGUUCCACAUAUUUACAAUCUAUUGUCUUCCACUUAUGCGGGGUUGGGUUGCUGCUAAAACGGCACCGAUCAGCUCAUCACUCAUUCUGUUUUUAUCUCCUUUGAGAACAAAACCCCACUUUGCAUGCUCUUUUCCAGGCUCAAGAGUCAAGACUGUGCACGGUCUCAGAUUUGGAGACACUGAUCCUCAUUCU